GGUUUUUUGAAAGUCAUCAUGACAGAAGAUUCUAAAACUAUUUCAAUUAGAACCCUUUUGUUAUUUCACAAAGAUGAAAAUUCUUUGCCUUUUCUUAAAGAAAAAACAAACAUUGUGCUGGACAGCGAAAGCUUCACGGAGUUAAACAAAUUUAAAAAAUAUGUAGUCAAUUAUUGUGGAAUCAAUGAAUCGGCUUGUGAAAAAGGGAUGGGGAGAAAUGUUUAUACAAAGUUAGGAAGGCAAUACAAGGAUGACAAAGGAAAAGUGGAAAACUUUUCCAUCAAUACACAACAACAAUGGGACCACGAAAAUACGUUCCUUCAAUCUGAGAGAUCAACUUUGAUAGUGAGUGUUACGCCACAGAUUGUGGUAUUUAAGAAGAAAACGCCAAUCAUCCAAAUUAUUGUAAAUAACGAUGAAACGACUACUUCUGAACAAAGAUGCCGAAAGCGAAAAACUGAGGUCCAAGACAACAAAAGUUUGCUGAAAAAAAUCAAAAUGGGAGAAACUAUCACUGAACGGACGGAUAAACAAACAUCAGAGUUAGAAGAUUUUAGACAAUUGAUCAAAGAAUGCGGAAACAGUGUUGCAGUAAACGAAAUAACAGUUGAAUGUGGGAUUUGCCAAAAGAAAUACAAAGUAGAGGCUGACAGGAGUAUUGCGUCCAAAGUUUCAUAUUUUAGACGAAAACACUUUGAUGCCUGUACCGGGAAAAGCAACUGUAAAAGUAUUUGUGAGAAAGAAAACAAUCAAAUGAAAAGUGCCAUUGCCUCAUGGUUGACACGGCCAAGCAAACAAGAUGAAACAACAGCAAAUGCAAUGUCCGAUGACUCCGAUAUCGAUACAGAUUUGAUUGUUACACCUUCUGACGGGUAAAAUCUAAAUUCACAUUUAUGACUUUAUCAAUUACAUGACUUUGUAAUUUUGUUGAAUUAUUCUAUGAUUAAUAAAUUAUAAUUAACACC